CCGGUUACGUCACUUUCUCUCUCUUAAUUUUUGUACCUUAGAAUUUCCGCCUCCAAUUUUCCAAGGUCUAUUAAAUUUCACGGCUUAAUCGGUUGAUCUGAAACUAGUGAGCUUGGGAAUAUUAAAUAUGUUUUGGAAUGUGUUUGAUGGGUAUGCAUUCUGAAUCAUAGAAGGCGGGAAUUAAUGGACUUUGCAUAUAGUAUAUACCAGCCCAAUGUAAUUCCUAGUGGCAAAGGGGCAAGUUGCAGGGAACUGAAACAAUUGAAUUUAACUACGGGCUUGAAAUGUAACGGUUUGCACUGGAAAGUUAUUGGUAAUCCAAGGCCAGUGUCAAAAGCACAUUCCUCAAAGAAGUUGAAAAAAUAUAAUGCAUAUUGUGGUAGUACCAUCAGUCCGAGAAUACUUAUCAAUCAGUUAUGGUGUUAUGGUUAUGAUGAUUCUUUAAUGUAUAACCAUGGCAAUACUUUUAAAUUGUCAAAGCAUUCAGGUCUGUUGCGUUGUCAGGGAAAUGACUCAUUAUCUUAUAUAAAUGGCAAUGGUAGAGAUGUAGAAAUAUUUGAAAGUGGUAAUAAUGAGGUUAGCCUCGAGUCCAGUGGUUCAAAAGAAGCAUUCGAGGAAGAUAAAAUAGAAGAAGUUGAGCCUCCUAGUUUGGAUGAAUUGAGGGAAUUGUUGCAGAAGGCAUUGAAGGAUUUGGAAGUUGCACAGCUUAACAGUAAAUUGUUUGAGGAAAAAGCCCAGAAGAUUUCAGAAGCUGCCAUAGCAUUGAAGGAUGAUGCAGCAAAUGCUAGGAAUGUUGCUAAUACUGCCCUUAGCAAUGUUCAAGAGAUUGUAAAAGAAGAGGCUGUAGCUAAAGAAGGUGUUCAGAAAGCAACAAUGUCCCUUUCUUUGGCUGAGUCAAGACUCCAAGUUGCAGUUGAUUCAUUCGAAAUUGCAAAAGAAAAGAAUGGUUCUCCAAGAGCUUCCAAAGAAAGCACUUUAAAAUAUGAAAAUAGAGGGGAAGAAUCAAGUUUAUUGAGCGAAGAGGAGAAAGCACUCUUAACGGCUCAGGAGGACAUAAGUGAUUGUCGAAAUCAGUUAGAAAUUUGUGAGACUGAACUAAGAAGGGUGAAAUACAGGAAAGAAGAAUUGCAAAAGGAAGUGGACAGGUUGAAUGGGGCUGCACAGCAGGCAGAAAUGAAUGCUUUGAAGGCAGAAGAAGAUGUAGCAAACAUAAUGCUUUUAGCAGAGCAAGCUGUUGCUUAUGAACUUGAGGCUGCACAACGCGUCAAUGAUGCUGAGCUGGCAUUGCAAAGAGUGGAGAAAAAUCUUGCUAUUUCCAAUGUUGACGUGGCAGAAACUACUGUUGAGGCUUCUGCUGUUGAGGAGGUAAAUGAAGCAAAUUCAGCAGAUCUCUUUGUUGAUAAAGAUUGGGAGAUGCCAGGAGAGGUUGCCCAGUUUCUUGAACUUUUACCAAACAAUCAAUUCGAGGAGUCGAGCCUGUCAGAUGAGAGUGACCAAGAGAACGGAAAAUUUACUUUAGACCCAUUGCCAAAAAUCGAAGCAGAUGGAGAAAAGUUGAAAACUGCUCAAAGUAAAAAACAGGAAAUUCAAAAGGAACCCACACGGGAGAGUUCACCUCUCAGUGCGCCAAAAGCAUUACUGAAGAAAUCAUCGCGAUUCUUUUCUGCAUCAUUCUUCUCUUUUAAUGCAGAUGAGGAUGAAUUCGCGCCAUCUUCAGUUUUCUGUGGUCUUGUGGAGUCUGCUAGGCAGCAAUUGCCAAAAUUGGUGUUUGGGUCACUACUUAUUGGAGCAGGAAUUGCUUUUUAUAUCAAUCGGCGUGAAAGAUUUGCUCAGCAAUUUCAGCAGCUUGACAUCAUCUCCACAAGUAUUGAUGAAGUAUCAACUAGUGCCAAGCCUCUGGUGCGACAAAUAAGGGAAUUUCCCCAGAAAGUCAGAAAACUAACAGAGAUGAUUCCUCAUCAAGAGAUUAGUGAGGAGGAAGCUUCCCUCUUUGACAUGCUGUGGUUAUUGCUAGCAAGUGUUAUAUUUGUGCCUAUUUUUCAGAAAAUUCCUGGAGGUAAAUUUAUUCCCCCUUCCCUGAACUUCCAAAGGGGCCAGAAAGUGGUUCUAAACCUUGACUUGGACUUGGGACCGAAGGAUUAUGUCCUACGAUCGUCCUAG